AAGCAGUCACAGCUCACAAGAACAAGAAGUAGAAGAAAGAGGGUGCCAACUACAUCACCACUUGCUCGAUCUCAAGUUGCUCAAGGUGAAUACAGAGUACCCAUAAAAAUACGGUGUUUGCAUUAUUUGCACUGAAAUGGAAGGCAACCUUUUUAUGAUAGCGAGCAUAACUAUAGCAAUCUUUGCUUCCUUCUUGUUUCUUCGACUCAGUCGAAAGAGGAAGCCCAAUAAAAUUUCAGUCAAAUUGCCACCAGGAGAAAAGGGCUUGCCUUUAAUAGGCCAUAGCCUCAAAUGGUACAAUGCUGUUUCAAGUUCUAACCCUCCAAGCUUUGUGAAAGAACAAGUUAAGAGAUAUGGGAGGAUUUUUACCUGUAAUUUAUUCGGAAGACUGGCUGUGGUCUCUGCUGAUCCUGCCUUCAACCGAUAUAUAAUGCACAAUGAAGGAAAGCUAUUUCAGUCAAGUUACCCGAAAUCUUUUCGUGAUUUAGUUGGAAAACAUGGCGUUAUAGUUGUCCACGGGGAGCAGCAGAGAAAACUUCAUGGGAUUUCUAUGAAGAUGAUGAGGCUUGAGAAGCUCAAUUCUAAUUCAAACUUCUUGGGUGAGCUUCAAAGGGUGAUGCUUCAGAUGCUUAAUAGUUUUAGGGAUGGUGAGGUUAUUGUGCUUCAGGAUGUCUGCAGGAAGGUGGCUAUUAAUUUGAUGGUUAAUCAAUUACUUGGGGUUUCUAGUGAGUCUGAAAUCAAUGAGAUGGCCUGCUUGUUCUCUGAUUUCGUUGAUGGUUGUCUUUCAGUUCCGAUCAACUUGCCUGGAUUUGCUUAUCACACUGCCAUGAAGGCGAGGGAAUUAAUCAUUGUGAAGAUCAAGAACAAAAUAGAGGCUUGGAGGCAUCAAACUGAAUCAGCAUCCAAUUUUGGAGUUCUUGGAAGACUAUUAGAGGAAGAAAGCUUGCCAGAUGAAGUAGUCGCAGAUUUCAUCAUCAAUCUGCUCUUUGCCGGAAAUGAGACGACUGCAAAAACGAUGGUUUUCGCUGUCUACUUUCUUACCCAAUGCCCUAAUGCACUAGAACAACUACUCGAUGAGCAUGAAAAGAUAAGGAGCACGAGAAACGGGGAUAUUCUCGCUUGGGAGGAUUAUAAAGCCAUGACAUUCACUCAGUGUGUUAUUGAUGAAACAUUAAGACUAGGAGGUAUAGCAAUAUGGUUAAUGAGGGAGGCAAAAGAGGAUGUUCAAUAUUAUGAUUAUACAAUUCCAAGAGGGGUCUUCGUGGUUCCCUUCCUCUCUGCAGUUCACUUGGAUGAGAGCAUAUAUUCAGGAGCUUUGCAAUUCAAUCCAUGGAGGUGGAUGAAGGAAGAGAACAGGGAAAAGAGAAAUUGGAGAACUAGCCCAUGUUUUUCUCCUUUCGGAGGAGGGGCUCGACAUUGCCCAGGGGCUGAACUUGCUCAACUUCAGAUUGCUUUCUUUUUACAUCAUUUUGUCACUAAAUACACGUGGAUGCAACUCAAAGAUGAUCGCAUGUCAUUCUUUCCAUCGGCCAGACUCGUGAAUGGACUUCAACUUCGUGUUAACAAAGUUGCAGAGGCACCAUAGCAAUGUUGAUCAUGACCAUACGCUAUUAAUAGUUCUAGAGAUUAUAUGGUACUGCAUACUCUAUACAUAGCUUAUAGUGUACAUAUAUACUUCCCAAAUUUCAGGGAAUAAUACCUAUGGUACUGUACUAUUA